UUGCUGUUAUUUUGAAAAAAUUCAAUAAACACACACAUACAUACACAUAUAUAUGUAUAUAAUGCUAUUUGGUGGCUAUUUGGCGCGCCUGCCGGCGCUGUGGCGCUGCUUUGGCAGCCGCAAGGAACGCCUCCUGGCCACCUUCGACUUUGACAAGACCAUCAUCGACGUGGACUCGUACCAUGUGCUCAGCCAGCUGCUGUCGCCGGCACAGCGCACCGAGCAGCUGUUCGCGCUAAUCCACAACUCCGAUUGGCUAACGUUUAUCCAGCGUGUGCUGCGACUGCUGCAGCUGGAGCAGUGCCUAAGCGCCGCCCAGAUCGGUCAGCAUACGCGCCGGCUGCCGCCAGUGCCGGGCAUGCUGCAUCUGUUGCGACGCAUGCAACGCUAUCCGGCGCUGGACAUGUGCAUUGUGAGCGAUGCGAACAGCUAUAUGAUUGGUGAAUGGCUGGCGGCGCACGGUCUGGAGCACAUCUUUAAGGCGGGCAUACACACGAAUCCGGUCAGCGUUCAGCCCGAUGGUCAGCUGCUGGUCGAGCCGUACGAGCUGCAGACGCACUGCGACCAGUGUCCCACCAACAUGUGCAAGGGCAACGUCAUGCACACCCUAAUGAACAGCUGUGACGUCACCUACAGCCGCAUCAUCUAUGUCGGCGACGGCUGCAAUGAUCUGUGCGCCAUCCGACGACUGCGUCCGGACGAUGUCGCCUGCAUACGGCGGGGCGAGGAGCUGCACGAUAAGUUGCCCGGGCAUCGGCAUGAGCUCAGUUGUCAGCUGCUCGAUUGGCGAGACGGACAUGAGCUGGAGGACAAGCUAUUUGCAACGGUACUGCAUUUGUAGGGGGCGGGAUGUCAAGGGGUUGAGGUGGGAUGGGGUGGGGCAGCCAAAAAGAAAUUUAUUGGUAAGGCAAAAUUAUUAAUGCUGCUGUUUUAUUCGACUUAUAAAUUAGUUUUCUGCUUUGUAUAUAUAUAUAUAUAUAACUAUGUAUAUAGUAUUUUUCACUUAUUAAGGUCUUAUUGCAUAAAAUUCAAUGGAAAAUUAGAUUUUUACCGAACUCGUUUGUUUAAGUAGACGAAUUUCAUCAUUGCGUUAGUUUUGUGAAACGUCACGUUUUGUCAGCGUUGCCACUUUUUUUUUUUUUUGAAAUUCUUUCACACAUUCACUU